UGGGAUUAUCAAGAUUCCUGCCUUAAUAUAAAGCAACAGAACUACUAUGGGUAGAUUGGACAAAGAAACUACAGGCAAAGGACUGGAUAAUUGAUAGGAUUCUUAGUGUGACGCUUAGUGUCACUUACACACAUCCACAAGGAGCUCACUGAAAGUUUUUACCCCACUGAUGAAAUUAUGGUGGUGUGGAUUAGAAGCAUUCAAAAACGCACUGCUUUAAAUCUCCCUGUCAUUUUAUCGAACUGCAAUGCUCUCAUGGAAAUCCUAAGAAUCGGCCAUUUUGACGUGAACCUCAUGUUUGUUGGGAAAGGUUACAUAAAGAGCCUCAAUCUGCGCUACCGUAGAAGAAAUGUUGUGACUGAUAUUCUUGCAUUUCCGUACUUUGAGAAUCUGGUCCCUGGUGUCCUUCCACCUGUACCACGGCUGGAAUAUGAUUAUACAUUGGGUGAUAUCGUCCUUGGAACUCCACAAAUUGUGAAAGACUGUGAAGCUGAUGGAAAACAUUUAGAUGAUUAUUUACCGGUGAUAAUAACACAUGGUCUUUGUCACUUACUAGGAUAUACACAUGACACACAGAACAACCUGAACAAGAUGCGCAAAAAGGAGAUAGAAGUCCUAAUUGAAUUCAACAGAAUAACUGGCUACAAUGCAGUGCCUAUAACUCCAGAGAAAGUGGAACAUUUUAUCAUGCCUUUGGACGAAGAAACCAAACGUUUUUCAGGAAAUGCUGAAUAUGCACAAGAUGGCGAGAAGGGAGUAGAUGAUUUGAAAGGGGAAUGAAUUAGUGGAGUUCAAAUCACUCACUGUGUAAUUCAACAAAAGGACUGAAGAAACAGUCUUCAGCAAAGGCAAACUGGUUGGCGAGAAAAGAUUUCAUGCCAUAGUUUCUCCAAACGUUGGUUGUUAUGUCAACAGGACUCAAGAAAACGAAGUUGACCUUCCUAAAUCGAAAUGGUCUGGCGCUCGGCAAGGCCACUCUCCCAGUGACUCAAAAAGUAAUCUGUUUAUUUUGGAUCAGGUUGAGUUGUUAAACUGAGUCGUACGAUAUGCGUGGGGGACUGGUAACUAUACAGUCCAACCUCAGCCCCAGGGCCUUCUCCUCGCCAAUUAAAAAGUGGUUAAGGCCCUGAGAACGAGGUUCCUUAGAGAGCAAUUAUAAGGCAAAACGUACGAAAAAUAGUAAGACCUCAUUACGAAUUCCGAUCCUUGUCUGUUUUUAGAUUGUGGAAGAGAGGCGUGAAGUAGCAGGAAUAGAAAAGGAUAGAGGACUGAUAACUGUAUCUCCAUCGUGCAAUACUGUUGUUUAUUUUCUCGUUUAUAUGUUUGUUUACCCUCCGCGCAGAUCUUUUUUAGUUCCUUCGUGUUUAGUUUCCCCUUUUCUCUUUCUAGACACAAUUAACACAACCUACUGACCGAAUAUUAACUAGUACUGGUGGUGUGAGGAUCAUCGAUUAUCGAAAACUUUAACUUACGCGACAAUCGAUUGUGCUUGAAUCGCAUGGUAUCGCGGUAUCCAGGUUUCUCACUCAAUCGACAACGCGAGUGUCUUAGAAACAGCAGGUCCAAAGUGUGGAAAUAUCUUGGCUUGUACAAUACGAGAGUAGGUCCUGUUACUAAGCAAAUUCGCGAAGUACUUAUCAGCAGACUUACCCGAUCGGUUGGUUGGCACAAUCCAAUUAUUUCUGAGAGAGUCCUGAGGGGUGGUAGUCCAGUUCUGGCCCUAUCUCUGUCAUGCAACGCUAGUUGCGUGACACAGAAAGGGCCAGAACUGGACUAGAGGGGUGGGAGAAGAGUAGAAAUUCCAUUUCCCAGGCCAAAGUUUGCCCAAGUCGCAUUUCCAAGCCUGUUUUUCAUUUUUUUCUCUUUUUGCUCAAACUGCAUUCCCUUUUUUUAUUACUUUGGUUUCCAGUCCCAGUGAACCGAAUUCCCGUUCUAGGAGAUCCCAGUUUCCGUUUUACCCAUUCAUGCCACUCUUCUGAUAAACGAUUACGAAUUCUCAA